AUGGACUUCGUUUGCCCUAUUGGCUUUCACUGUGCCACUGAAAUCUCUGCUCUUCUUACUCUUCCUUCACCUCUUCAAGUUCAGGAUGUCAACAAGAGAAACGAAAAAAGCGUAGUGGAGUGUCUUGUAUUGUCUCAACUCUCUUACUUGGUCAUUUUCAUUAUUCUGAUUUGCAUCACUGAGAGUAAAAGCUUAAAAGAGGAUCCUCUCAACUUUAAUGUGUUGUACAUCACCUUAGAAGUCAUCAGUGGUUAUGGUAACGUAGGGUUCUCAACGGGAUACAGCUGCGCUAGGCAAUUGAAAAUUGAUGCAACGUGCAAAGAUUCAUGGGUUGGAUUCUCGGGUAGGUGGAGUAGCAAAGGCAAGUUCAUCCUUAUCUUGGUCAUGUUCUUUGGGAGGCUCAAGAAAUUCAACAUGAAAGGUGGCAAAGCAUGGAAGCUCUCCUGGCCAGUAUAAGAUUAACAACAUAAACUUCAUUCACAUAGUAAGCAAA